UUUUCGAAAACUAUAAUCUACUAGGAAAAAGAAGAAGAUUCAUUUUAUGAUUCAACACUUGUAUUGUCAAUUUUGACAUUUCGCUUUUUAUUUUAAUAAGUAUAUUUAGUAUUCAUUAAAAAACAAUUUACCAAAAAUGGCACAAGAAGUAGAAGAAACUAUGAAAAGAAUACAAUCCCACAAAGGAAUUGUAGGAACUAUAGUAGUGAAUUCAGAAGGGGUUCCGAUAAAAACAACUUUGGAUAAUACAACAACAGUUCAGUAUGCAGGCUUAAUAAGUUCAUUGGCAGAUAAAGCCAGAAGUGUAGUUAGAGAUUUGGAUCCAUCAAAUGACUUGACCUUUUUAAGAAUUAGAUCAAAAAAGCAUGAAAUAAUGGUAGCUCCAGAUAAAGAGUUUAUUCUCAUAGUGGUUCAAAAUCCAACAGAUUGAUAUUAUAAAAUCCUGUCUUAACUUAAUGCAAUUUACACGUUAAAAGUAUGCUUUAAUAUUAUGUUUUUAUAUCUGAAUAUAUCCUUUUCAAAGUC